AUGUCAGCUAAUUAAACUAAAUAUAAUCAAUUAUGUUCUAAUGGAGAACAUAGAGCACCCAUAACUAAUUAUUGUGCAUGCAUUGAUUGUUUAAGGCCUUUAUGUCCAGAAUGCAUCUAUGAUCAUUACUCAUAUCAUUAAUAGGCAAAGACACCUGCUGCCAUUUAAAGUAUUCUUAAUACAAGAACUAAUUGUGAAAAAAAAAUUGCAAAAGCAAUUGAAUAAUUGAAAAAAGUAAUUCGUAUAUUUUACAAUUCAGGAAUAUGAAUAAUAUGACAUACAAUAUAUUUUCAAUCCAGAUGAAAUACUUAAUUAAGAAUUUUCCAGAAUGAAAGAAGUUAAAGAAUAAAUGUUUGAAAUCAUAAAUAUCUUUUUCUAGGAAUAAGAAAAUCUUCUAUAAACUAAAGUUAAAGAAAAUCAAUUAAAAGUUUAUUAUUAUUUAUGUAUUAUUAGGUUAAAAAUAUUGGAGGUAUAUUCUAAAAAAUAGAAGCUGUAAUUGAAUAAUUAGAACUCUUAAGAAAUAGUCUUCUUACUAGUCCAGAACCUUUUUCAAAUUUUCACAAAGCCUGUCGAUUAGAUGUUAAAUCCUUACUUGAUCGUUAUAAAUCUGAUUUAAAGAAAUCUAUUAAAUCUAAAGAAUUAGGUUAUAAUAUUAUUUUAGAUUUUUAGAUCCAAUAAACGUUCAUAUUGAUGAACAUAAACUAUUUAAUCUUAAAAAUUAUUUAAUUCAAAUUGUGAAUAUUCAAACAACCAAUUAUGAAGAUGCAGCUGACAAUAAUUCCUUUUAAUCUAAAAAUAAAGAUUAAAGCAUUAAUCAUAGUUUAUCAGUUCCAUAUCAUUAAUAGGUAGCUAAUGCAUAAAAUGAACAUAUUCACUUUUAAUAAAAAUAAAUUAAGUAAUUAUUAAGCAAUAGUGGAGAUGUUGAUGAUAUUUAAUUUGGAACAUUGACUAACUAUGACUUUUAAAUUGUUACACCUAAUUAUUUUGAAGGUAAAUAGAAAUUCUUACAUUUCAUAAUAAAUAAAACUAAUAUUCUAAAGAUUUGUAAUUUAGAAACUAAGUAAUGGUAAGCAUAUGAAAUUGAAUAUGAAGUUCCAGAAUUUCAUAAAUCAAUUGUUACUCCAAAUGGUGAUAUUUACAUAUCGGGUGGAUUAAUAAAUUAAAUAGAAAAUAGAAAAGAAUCAAUUAUAAGAAAAUAUACUUUGGGUGGUAAAAUAUAAUAAGUUGCAUAAUUAAAUUAUCCAAGAUCUUCUCAUUCUAUGGUUUAUUGCAAUCAAUCAAUUUAUAUAGUAGGUGGAUUUUAAGAUUAAAGAAAAAUGUGUUUAAAUUUAGAGAGAUAUAAUAUUAAAUCGUAAAAAAUGGAACCUUGUGCUUCUUGUUUAAAACCAGCUAAUGCACCUGCUUGUUGUUCUUUUAAUAAUAGAUAUAUUUAUAAGUUUGGAGGAUGUGAUGAAAAUGGAUAGAUUCUAUUUAUUAUUGAAAGAUAUGAUACAUAUACAGAUAAAUGGGAAUAUGUCACACUUAAAGACAAUCCAAUUGAAUCCACUCAAGUUCCUAAUAUUUAUCAAUGUUCUUCCUGUAUCUAAAUCAAUAAAGAUAAUAUAUUUGUCUUUGGUGGUUAUGAUAAUGAUGAUAAAGGUGUAAAACUUUCAUUUCUCCUUAAUAUUGACUAAAAUUAACAUAAAAUUCAUUAAGUUAAUACUAAACCAUUACCAUAUCCAGAAGGAUUUUGGAAUAACUAAGUAAUUAUUUAUCUCUAUUAUUAGGUUAUCAUUCAUGAUCAUAAACUGUUUGUUUUACAGAAUAUUGAAGUUGAAACUAAUCAAAUUGAUGAAGAAAAUAGAUCCUUAUUAUGUUUUGAUGGAUAUAAAUGGAAUGAAUUAUAAUAUCAAAUUUCUUAUUGA